UAAAGCCUUCUUAGAAAAUCCCACAUGGGUGACUACAAGACGGAAUGUUUUAGAAUAAAAGGAAAGAAAACCAAUUUAAACCACGUAAGAAGCAACCAUCUUUGCUUUCAACAUGGUCCUGACUUCUGAGAGAUAAAUAAUUGACAGACAGAAAGUUCAACCCCCCUUUUGCGAACUGUACGCAGCAAAGUCCAUUACCGGAUGCUUUCCUUCAUUCUCUUGGCUCUUCUGGCUCACGCCUUACCAAUCAAAUGUCAAAAUCUACAACAACAAAAUUUGAAGAUAUUUAUCCUGGCCGGACAAAGCAACAUGGCCGGUCGUGGAGGUGUGACCAAUGACACUUCAAAGGGCAUUCGGACUUGGGACGGCGUAGUUCCUCCACAGUGCGAACCUAACCCUUCAAUCUUCAGGUUGAGUGCGGACCUGGAAUGGGUUCAAGCCCGUGAGCCAAUCCAUGCUGACAUUGAUGCCAAGAAGACAGAUGGGAUUGGACCUGGAAUGUCAUUUGCUAAUGCUGUGCUGAGCAAGGACCCCAACUUUGGGUCGGUGGGAUUGGUUCCUUGUGCCGUUGGAGGGACCACUAUAAGCAAAUGGCAGAAAGGGGAGUUUCUGUAUGAGCAAUUGGUGAAGAGAGCACAGAUGGCGCUGAACAGUGGGGGAGUAUACCAAGCGAUGCUUUGGUAUCAAGGGGAGAGUGAUACAAUAAAUCAAGAACAUGCUGAAUUGUAUAAAGGUAGAUUAAAGAGGUUUUUCAAUAAUAUACGUUCUGAUCUGAAUGCACCUAUGCUCCCAAUAUUCCAGGUGGCUUUAGCAUCAGGAGAGGGACCUUACAUAGAGGAAGUGAGAGAAGCCCAGUUAGAGAUAGGCCUUCCAAAUGUGAAAUGCGUGGACGCCAAGGGAUUACCAUUCGAACCAGAUGGGCUACAUCUCACCACUCCAGCCCAGGUGAGACUCGGGGAGAUGUUGGCAGAUGCAUUCCUUCAGUCUAUACCCAGUCCAUCACCCAGCAACGAUGCUCCAACUAAUUCGUCUAAUUUUGUUCCGUAUUUUUGGAUAACUGCUCAAAUUUUCAGAUGUCUCUGGAUGAUCGUUACUUUCGGAUAGGGAUAGGCUCUGAAUAUUGGAUUGUUUCUCUGUAUUCAUACUAACAUAGGAUAAGAAUGAAAAAAAGGGAUUUAUAUGAACUAGGAAUCAGAGAUUCAGCAAUUGUUGCUGGAAUCGAUGUUGAGCUUAUCAUUUGAUGAUUAAAAUGGACAGUUACUUGACUUCAAAAUUCAACAACAGUAAUAGUCCAAUGUGAAUAACCUGACUAUUGAAAGACUGAGAACCUACUUCGUGUAAAGUCAUAUUGCACCAAAGUUUGAAUUCUUUUAGCAAUGGAACUGGUUCUUUGUAUUUUUUCAGUGUAGAUAAAGUGCAGCCAAAUGCCAAACUGUUCUGUUUUGCUUCUUAAUUGUUUGUUUGCAUCUUUAGGUCCUAG